AUGAGGAAGAAUCUUGCUCUGUUGGCCUCGGGCCUAUGGGCCGCGCAGACCCUCGCUCUUCCGACCUUUCUGUCCCCGAGACAAUCGACCAACAUUGAUCCCACCAUCCUCCAGUUCGCACUGACGCUCGAACAUCUCGAGAAUGCCUUCUACAAGGGAGCUCUCACCAACUUCAGCCAGUCCGACUUCGAGGCGGCCGGCUACUCGGCAACUUACUAUGACAACCUCAAGUACAUUGCCAGUGAUGAGCAAUCGCAUGUUCUGCUCCUCACCUCUGCGAUCACCGCCGCUGGCUAUACUCCUGUCGACGCUUGCCAGUACACGUUUCCCUACACGGAUGUCAAUUCCUUCAUCACCCUCUCCUCUGUGAUCGAGGGUGUGGGCACAUCGGCCUACCUCGCCGGUGCACCUUUGAUCACCAGCAAGGGAUACCUUACCGUCGCCGGAUCCAUCCUGGUUACCGAGGCCCUCCACACUUCCUACCAGCGCGCUGCGAUUGGUGAAGUCCCGAUGGCCAACCCAUACGGCACUCCUCUGGAUCCGACUUCCGUCUUCACCUUGGCGGCAGGGUUCAUUGUCUCGUGCCCGGCUAGCAAUGCGGCUUUGCCGUUCACACCUUUCCCGGCCUUGACCUACGAUGCGGCCGGCAACUGCCGAUGCGAGGGACCCGACUGCUCUCCCGAUAUGGCCAUCAAGCGUCGAUCCGAGGACUGCGAUGUGCCUGAUUCGUCUGCAGGCUGGGAAGAUUGGGGCUCGUCCGCGUCCCCAAGUGCUUCAAGCUCAGGCAGCGGCUCCGGCUCCGGCUCCGGCUCCGGCUCGGGCAGUGGUUCAGGUUCAGGUUCAGGUGCUGAUGCUGGUGCCGGUGCUGGUGCCGGUGCUGAUGCUGAUGCUGAUGCUGAUGCUGAUGCUGAUGCUGAUGCUGAUGCUGAUGCUGAUACUGGUGCUGGUGCUGGUGCUGGUGCAGGUUCAGGCUCCUACGACUCCGAGCAGGACUCUUCGCCUACCGCGCCCGCCCCUACUGAAUCCGCCGCAUGGCCCACCGCCUCGCCCACCGCCCCGUCCACCGGCUCCUGCGCGCCCCCCUCUGUCGGCGGGACCAUCAAGCUGACCGCCGCGACCACCAUUCCUGCCGGCUCGUUUGUGACCUUUAUCUCGGGCCUCAGCGUCGUCAGCGUCCAGGCCACCAUUUCCGGCGCCGACGUUUCGGUCGUCAUCCCGUCCAUCGCCACCGGCCAGACCUACGUCUUGAUCACCAGCGCCGAUGUCGAGGGCACGCUCGAUGACACCAAGGUCUUGUUUGGACCUGCGAUUGUUGAAGUCUUCCCCGCCGCGCCGGCCAUUGACUUCUCGGAGAUCUAA